AGAAGACUGAUGUGAUCACACAUUGUAGCCAAUGUGGUCAAUGCAAAAUAUUGUUGUAAUACAAUGGUUAGUCGCGCUUGUUACUCGUCAAGGCCACUUGGCACGGUUGGUGAAUAUAAAUUUGACCACUUUUGGACAGAAAUUGAAUUUGUUCAUUAUGGAAAGUAAUGCUGAUCUGGAAGAAGUUCAAAUUAACGUCAAUGGGACAAAUCAUCCUCAGGCUAAAUCGAUAGAACAGAAUUUUUCUAGUUCAAUACCCAAUCAUUCUGUUUCUUGCACAGAAGCUUCCACUGUGUCACUUGAAACACCAAAUGAUUUGCCUAAGUCACCUACCAUUCUGUCAAGUUCUACUGUAACUAAGAAAGAAAUUCCGUCCGACUAUGUUUUUGGGUCUAAUAUUUCAUCACGUGUUGUGAAUGCUGAUGUGUCGAAAGGUGCCUCAGUUAAUUUAUGGACAUCAACAUCUGCAAGUCAUGAUUCCGCCUCUUGUGUUUUUACCACACUGGCCAAAGCAGUCACUGCUUCUCAAGCAAACUUCAAGGAUUCGAAAAAUUUGGAGGAUUCCGCAAAAGAAGUAGCUGAGGAUAAGCGGAAGGAAACAUUAACGUUAGCAGAAGUCGACCUAGUUACUGGUGAAGAAGGGGAAAUCCCAAUCAUUCGACAACACUGCCGAGCUCAUAUUUUCGAUGCUAAUAAGCAGAAGUGGAAUAAUCUUGGAGCUGUUCAUUUCCAUCUAAAUGAUAUUCCCAACGACAGUGUGCAAGGGAAUAACAAUGCUUCCUGCAGGUCACGGAUAGUAGUGCGUUUAGUGUCUACGCGCAGAUUGUUGAUCAAUACUCUUAUUUGGUCUCAAAUGCCUGCUGCUCUAGUUGACUCACGAACUUUGAGGAUAGGUGCAAUUAAUGAGGAAGGACAUAUCAAAAAUUAUCUUUUUGGAUUUCCGCCGGAUGAAUCGGCUUCAAAAAUAUUUGAAAUGAUAAGUUUUAGAAAGUCAAACGCUACUACUCUCCCGUAUGAAAUCUAUCAUGACAUAGCACCUGUUUCAAACAAAGAUAAGGUGACUGGUUGUAAGCGUCAGUUAGAAAUUCAAGCGAAAGCAGAUGUAGAUUGCUCACUUAAUGUGCCCCCGAAAAUAGCUAAUACUAAUAUCCUUUCACCUACACCAAGUGUGGUUGUAUUUCCAAAAACUAAUGUAUUUAGACCAUCGGUAUUCGCUCCAGUUUGUAAAGAUUCGUCCAAUAAUUCAUCGACCCCAAAUCACUCCUGUCAUGUGGGAGAACUACAGUUUCGCAAUUCACCGUUGGAUAACGUUGUUAAACGUCUCUGUGAAAGCAAUCCAUCUGGUAGCUCUGAAUCUUCUACACUUCCAUGUAAUAACAAAGUAACUGAACCCCCGAAGUUGUCAUCGAGCGUAAAUUCUCAGAAUAUGCCUAUCAGUUCGGUUUCAAGUAAUCAAUGUGCCGAUUUCAUAUUCGGCCAUAACGUUUCGGAACGCGUCACAAAUGCUUCUUUAUCUACAGUCGUUAACCGUGAUAUCUCUGGCAAGGAUCUUCCAGUAGAGUCUUCAGAGUCAAACGACCACAGUUUGUCUCCGGAAAAAGAAGAGAGUAUAGAUGCUUCUGAAACUGGUGAGCAUUGUACUGUUCUUCCUAGUAAACAAACACUAGAAGAAUCUGCCGCUGCAGUGACUUCUGAGAUGCUCGAAAAGUCGACUUAUCUCUUAGCUAAUCUUCCAGAAUCUCCUAUUCUCACUGGGGAAGAAGGAGAAUACCUUACUCUGAAAGCUUACUGUCACUUUUAUUGUUUUGAUCGUCACAAACAUGAGUGGGUUGGUCGUGGACAGGCUUACAUUCACUUGAAUGACGUUGCAAUGAAAUCUUCAUCUUCACCUAGUCAAGUCUCCCCUUUUCCAUCUGGACCGCCUGCACGAUCUCGUUUAGUAAUCCGCACGUGCCAAACAUUGAAACUUUUGGCCAAUGUUCCUAUCUGGUCCGGUCUGAACGUUGCUAUGGCUGAUGAACGCUCUAUUCGUCUGACUACAGUCUGUCAUCCGUCAGAAACUUUGAAUGAUUCUCAAAAUAAGGUGAGCUAUUACCUCGCUCAAUUUCAUUUUCUAGUUACGUAUACUAAUAUCCAUAUAGGUUACCAGUGAUUGGACAGAUUUGAUUAGCAUUUCUUAAUAUGUACACCGAUCAUUCUGUUCAUAUACACUGUCUUUGGAUAAGUUGUAAUAUAUUCCUUCCUAAUGUUGUGUAUCAGUGACAAUACACCCAAUAAAUUGACCCUCAUCCUGUUGACUGUUUGACUUAAUUUAGCCUCUAUGCCAUCAGAAGUCAUGUGUGUGAUAGAAAUCGCUAGUCGUGUAUUGUCUUUUAAUUCUUUUCCUGAGAAGCGACGAUCAUCUCCAACCACUGUGUGUAAAACAUGAGCUCCUGCCCCAUCGCCUUGUAGAUUAGACCUCUUGGUCAAAGGCCCGGGGGGUGGCCCCCUAAAAAGCCACUUGCUUCGGUUUGGACACCCCAGCAGUACUCCAGCCCUCAUACAAAUCAAGUGACGAAGUGUGGCGCAUAUAUGUUUGGUGCCCCUUGUACCAAUGGUUAUGCAUUCGAAUAAAGAGAUAGAGCCCCUUAUUUCAAUAAUCAGAAAUUAUUGAAAGCAUCUACAUUUCAGUGAUAACUUACGAACGGUUGCCAUUCCAAUUGCUGAGGAUUGUAAUUCACUGUGUAUCAUCUCAUAUCAAAACAUAUUCUUUUUCAAUUAUCUAUAAAACAUGCUCGUAAUAUGUUUUAUUUUCAAGCAUAUGAUUGUAUAGUGGUAACAACAGUUUGUUCUGGGUUAAACUGGUACAUGAAACUAAGAUCAAACUGUUGUUCGUCAGUUUUUUUAAGAAGUUUCAAUUUAUUAACUGACACGUUAGUCUAGUUGAAUAUCUUCACUUAAGAUGUCAUAUGCUUUUGAUUAAUAGCUUUUUAUUUGUCACUGAUGUUUUCCCAAUAAAUAAUAUAGUUGCGACUUCAUUUGAAAGGGAAGAUCGGAAUUGAAUAUACAUAUCAUACAAUGUGUCCCACAAGUCAGGACUUAUAUACUGGUAUGACAGUACUAACGAUACACAGUUUCCUAGAUCCUGACGACUACGAUUGGUUUAAACUUUGUAAUUAUACCGUUAAGUGCCCAAAGGACUGUAUACAUAUUACCAGCAGUAACACAACCUUCACGAUUAAACGGUCUUUUUUAGAUUGUAAUGUUAAGAAUACUUAAUGAUAAUUGUCAGCAGAAAGCGUGUUUUUUAAGCUUUACUGGUGACAUUUUAUACUAUUGCUAAUACAAACUGAACUCAAACUAAUCGUACAUUGAAGAAAUGGCAUAUUGGUUAAAUCUUGUUUGAUAAUGAUGAAUCACUUAAUAGAAUUGUAACUGUGUGUGUUUUUAUAUACUAAUCGUAAAUUCAUUUGUGUGGAAGUUGUAGGUUAUUAGUUCGAUUAUUUGAAUCAUUCACUAGGUUUAAAGGACAUUCUUCAGACAGACAAGUAGUUAUAUUCAAUAGGUGUAGCUUAUAUUGUAUUACUACAUGACCUUACACUGUGUAACAAUCAUAAUAUCUUUAUUUAUCUUAUCGAUCAGCUUCUAUAAACAGGACAUGAUUACAAUGUGGAUAAGUCCUAGACCGUCGGACCACUAUCAUAACUGUAAGUUGUAAGGAACAGCUAUUAUGGAAAACAUUUUUUUGUGUGUAACUGUACUAAUCUACUACAUCUAUUCACGUAGUUGACUAUGUUUGCUUUUCCUUUUGUCUGCAUAGCCUUCAUGUUCUAUAGAUUCAGUUGUUACAAAACCAGAAUUUUGUGCUUAUCUACUUGUUAUGCAUUCACAUAAAGAAGCUGACCGUCUUUUUCAAGCUCUUAAUUCGCGUAUAAACACUUUUACUAGUCGUUUAAACGCUAAACCUACAUAUCUUCACGAAACAAAUAGUGCAUCCAACAGUCCUGGUGAUUUUUCCUCUAUUUAUUCCCGUACACAUGGUCAUCUUGAGGAAGGUGAUGACUCUCCUAGUACUAGUAAAGUUGAUGAGGAAAACCUACGACCAUGUAAGUUUUUCCGUGUGAUUUUUGAGGAUUGAAUUUGUAAACAGUGGUUCACAAGUACAUAUAUGUUGCGAAAUCUUUGUUAUCAGUUAAAGGGUGUGUGCAGCUCAUACUUCAUGAAACUAGCCAUGUUAGGCAUUUUACUUUCCUCCGUUUGUUCUGGACUAUCACUUGAUAGAAAUUGUUAACAAUCAUGUGCAGGAACGUAGAUCUAUACUUCACUAAAUGACGAUUAUAUGUCGUUUACGUUUGCUUCUAGUGAAAGUUAAUUAUUUUCAACACAGAUAUCCCUACAAUCAUCGAAAAUCAACCAUUACACACCUACUUUAAGAGUGAAUAGUCGAACAAUCCUAUUGGUCUCUAUACAAUUGACAGGUGUCCAAGUUACAUCCGUACGUGGAGUUAUCUAGUAACAUAUAGGUAACAGCCAACACAUAAUUCCUUAUUAUUUUUAGUUUUUGUUUGGCUGCUAUUACUUUGUGACUAUAUGACUGUUUCAAGUAAAUAGGAAUCCCUUCAAUCCGAAUGAUCAAGAAAAUAGAUCCCUUUUCUCGACAGGUUAUGGUAUUAACGAAUGAUCAUAAUUACUAUAGCUAUUACGGGACAAGCAACUGGAUUUUGCAAAUAAUUGACAUGAAUCCUUUAGUAAUAACUAAUACUCGUUAACAAAAAUGUAGUUAUUGUAAUUCACUAACUUAGCGUUUAAAACGAUUAGUAGUGAAUUUGAAUCCCACUGAGAAUACCUAUCCACAUUAAACAUCGUAAAUGACAAACUUUUAUAUAUACUCAGUAUUCCAAUAUUAGUUAAACAGUUCAGUUCAAUAAAUCGCCAAUAAAAAUAUCGAAAAUCCAACAAUCAUUAUCUUCUAUUACUAUUUGCUCUCACCUAUUAUAGACAUGAAGUUAGAAAUUGACGAACCUCCAAAAGAUGCGAAUUCUCAAUCUAUGGGUUUCACAACACCUGACAAUUUGAAUUGAUCUGUCAAAAGAAAAUUACAAGAUUUUUGAUCAUAUCCUAAUGUAUUUUAAUAACUUUUCUUCAAGUAAUCCCGUUGCGAGAAAUGUGCUAUAACCUAUAAAAUAUUACAUGUAUCGUUCAUAUGUAUACGUACAUUUAUGAAGUUUCCUCAUAUUAUAUACAUAUACAUGUCUAUUUAUUAUGCUGAUAUCAUACAAUAUCAAGGUUUUGUUUGUUAUUUCAACUUAUUCGUCUAAUACACUAGUUAACUCUGUGUUUUAAUAUUAGAAACUAGUAAACAAAUAACUAAUCAAGUAUUUAUUUCUGUUCGUUUUGACUUUUUCAGAAUUAAUUUAUUCACUGUCUAUACUAUUAAAUGUUUCAAAGAUUCGUUUUUGAGAAAAGUAGUCGUAGCUACAACAUGAACACAGAUGUAUUUGUAAGAAAAAAGGGUAAAAACACAGCAAUCUAGCAUUUUCUUGUUUUGUUUUACUUUAUGGUUACUUGAUUAUUAUUCCACAAUAGAGAGUCGUAACAUUCAUUGGUAGAGAAUAUUGAACACUUAAUUGUUCCUGCUUUAGAUUGGUUACCUGAAUCCAUUCAACUUUUUGUGCUGAUACUCGUACUAUAUCAUAAUAGCUCCAUUUCUCAUAGCAUACUUCGUUUCUAAGUCGAUUUUAUAUUUUUCUCAUGACACAAGAUUUACGAACUUCUAUUUGUGUUUUGUGCAAUUGUCCUCGAUCAUAUGUUCAAAGAAGUAGCAGUAACUUAGAGUACUAGUAGUUUUUCGUUAGCUAAAUGUCAAGAAAUAAUCCAUUUGUUUAUAAUUAUAUAUACACGGAUACUCUUCCAUAUUGCUAAAUACCAGUGUUUUCGAUAGACAAAUAAAAUAUUUAGCUCUUAUUACACAACUUUUAUGCAUUGGAAUAAUAGUAAACAAUUAUGGUUUCUUUUACUUCCCAACAACACUGAACUUAGUCAAUAAACAAAUUUUUCUCCAAAACACCGUCUUUAAUAUUUUAGAAUAACCGGCGACUACCACUGAAGUUGAUAAGUUUGGAGUGAUUAGGUAUAUGGAUUUAAGGAAUAAGGCAGUCUUCUCAUGAAUUUAUGUGUAUAAUAUUUAGUUUCUAACGUGCAGUGACUUGAUUGUUAGUGUAAUUGACUUUCAAUCUUUAUCUAGCG